UUUUUCCACUUUCUGGUUUCAAAAUCGGCGUUAUUCUGAAUCGGCGCAAAUCGAGGGCUACCUGUACACGAUCUUAAAAUUGUGGACUGUGAUCAUACGUGGUAAAUAUUCAUGCAACGUGUUCUAUUAUAAGUCUGUGAUACAGAUCCUUUUGUGGAGUAAUGCACAUUCAGUUGGUGAAGAAAUUCCUUGCUUUUUAAUUAAUCCAAAGGUUCAUCAGAGUAUUCACAAAAGCCCACUACUGAACCCACAUCCUGAGCAAGUUCAAUCCAAUCCACACCUUGACGCCUUGUGUGCAUUUAAAUAUGAUACUUUUGUGCGUGUAUUUGCCUCAUUAUUUAUUACCAAAGGUUUACAAAUUAGAAGAAAGAUCAUGUGCCAUCUAUGUUUGCGUACAGUAUAAUAAUAGGCUCCAGAUACAUAUAAGAAUAUGAGAUUUCAGCCUUGAACACGGAGACUAUACUUCUCUGAAACGUUUAUAUCAACCUGCAAGUCCACAUUGUGGACUGCUCUGAAGACCAACAUCAAUAUGAAGCCCCUAACUGAUGUGUCCCAGUUAUUUGUGUUCCCCAAUACGAGUGAAGAGAUUUACUCCGCAGAGUAUACUAAGUUCCAGCGGUGUGCUUUGUUCCACGUCGAUCGAGUGAAAUGUUAAAUAGUUUAGAUGGCAGCACGAAUAAUACAAAUGCCACUGAAAGACGUCAUACGAAGCGAACAUGCCAGUGUUUGGUCCCACGUGGCUUGCGUCAUAACGGAGGCUUAUCCCUCGUGGUUCCGCCGGUGAUUGGGCAAGGUGUGCGGCAAUCAGGGUCUAGGCCGGCAGCAUUCAUUUAUUUGAACGGACGUAUUUCAACGCAACUAUUGUUUUAGUGAUAUACCUCUGAUUUCUAAGGUAUUUAUUAGUAAUUGUAAGUUAUAAAUGUACUUUUUGGAACGUGUGAAGAACUAUACCAUAUAAAGCUACACGAAAGAAGUAAGAAUGGCAGCUAAUUACCGUAGAAAUCCAAACUAUGAACAGCUAGGCAUUCAUGAUACGCCUCUCACAUAUGCAAUUGAAAAGGGGGACUUCAAAGCAGCCGAAAAACUGAUUGAAGAAAAUGUGUCGCCAUCUUAUUUAGACGAAGGUCCCUUUCAAAGAACUCCAUUAGCGUUGGUGUUAUCAAGUCAUCCUGAGUUAAGGAAAUUUCCACGUCAUCUUCGAUUGGCUAAAUUAUUGGUUGAAAGAGGAGCUAAUCCUAACCUUCGAAUGCCAGAAGCCGAACGGCGAGGAUCGAGCGUUAGUCCUAUGGAAUAUGUCUUGUCUUUGUAUGAACAUGCCGAUAUUCUCUACAGAAAUGAAAUUGAUGUUAUAAAAGGUUAUGGAAUUUUUGUUGACCCACUAUUUACAAUUGGUCUACACGAUGAAACAGAAUUAACUCUUGUUCAGUUAAAGGAACAACUCAUAGAGCUUUUAGAUGUCUUGCUAGCAUGUGGUGGCAAUCCAAAUAUAAUUACCAGUAUGUCCUGUUCCACUGUGUACCAUUUUGUCUUGGCACAUCCUGAUCCAAACAUUGAGCUGGUUAUGAAGCUGUGUGAAGCAGGUGGAGACCUAAAUCAGGCUAAUCUUCAUCGAACAACACCGUUAAUGGAUCUUAUUAUGUCUUCACCUGCUGAUCUGGCAAUGGACGUCCUCUACAACAUUUGGAAGAAGAAACCAGAUAUUUCAUCACUGCAAUAUAAAAACUGCGCUAAUGAAACUGCCUUAUGGCGAUCCAUGUUUGCUGGUUCACCCACAGUAGCAACAGAGCUAUUACAUCGUGGUGCUAGUCCUGCUCCACGUGCCAAAAUUGCUGCUGCAAAUUCAUUUCGUUGUAGUGAUCUUGUCAAUCGUCAGUUUGCUGAAGAGAGAGCUGUCAGUGCAGUCUCAGCUAUGUUAGCACCUCUGCUACAGGAUUCGUCACCCUAUCUGCGACAUAGAUCUGUUUGUCUAUUCCACAAUUUUGAGUUUAGCAGGAAUCUGUAUCCAUUUCAUGUUCAAUUGUUGGAUAAAGUGUUUUCAUGUGCUAUCUCACCCGUCGUAGACAAUACAGCUGUGUCCCAGUGCUUCCCACAAGUAGUACUGGAUGAAAUAGAAAAGUUUAUUCAUGAAGAAACACACUUUUCAUUUGAUUCACUUCAAUUGUCAGCCAUUAGACCUCAGGAUGUUAUGAUACUUAUGUUUGGAAAGUUAAGUGCAGGCCUCCAACAGCUUUGUGUGCGGAAGAUAAUAGAUCACAUCUUUUUCACAACAGACAUACGUAAAUCCAUGGAACUUAUAGCAAAACUUAAAGGCCAGAAGUUAAUUGUCCAGAAAGAGAAGAAGAUACCUGAGAACAGGAAUGAAAAUGAAAAGAAAGAUUCUGAUGAGGCUGGAUCUUCAGUGAAUAUUGUAGUGGAAGAUGUGGAACACAUUUCGCAGUGGGAUGUGGUAAUGGAGUUCAAUAAGACAGCCAUGAUCAAUUUAGUUCAAGAGCAAUUGAAUCUUCCUCCCUCAUUAAUAUCAAGGUUUGAAAUAGAAGCUACUCGGCUGCAACUUGGAGCAACCCUUAAUAAUUUUAGGACUGUUGGCUGUGAUGAUCAUUCAGAUGAAUCAAUCUCAGAUCCAUUUGCAGAUGAUGAUUAUGAUGAUGAUUGUGAUUGUGAUGACUUUGAGAAUGACAAUGUUGACCUUAUAUCUGUUGAUGAGAAUUUUGAUGUCACAAGUGAUAUGAACAUGGAUGUAGAAAUUAUGACUGAUCAAGAUACCAUAAGGGAUGCUGAAUUAUUCACGUUACCUAGUGUCUCUGGUUGGGAUGGUUUGGAGAAAGGUGUAGCUGUAGCUGAGGAUAAUAGCAGUGGUUCUGGGGAAUGCGUGCCUGAAAGCAUCCAGAGGGAUCCUAGUUUUGAUGGUGCAGUAUCAAUGGAGGAUGUGUCACAUUCUGCCAAUUCUAUGAAUACUGACAAUUAAUCUAUUAAUUUGUAUUUACCUUUCAAGGAAGAGAGGAGAAUAUUAUGACAAUUUUAAAAGGCUGUGAUUUUGUAUAAAGGAACUUGUUUAUUCAGAAUACUAUAUUGUAUGCUCUGCUGCAUAAUACUUAGCUGAGUAGACGGAGCUUCUGUUAAUGCAAACUACUAGAAAAUGAUUUAUGCAGAAUUUGAUUUUAUUAAGUAUAAUGUAACAGAAUUUUCCUUCUUCCUGGAUCUCAUGAUAUACUAUAUGCAAAAUUAAUGACCAACUUAUGUAUUAAUUAAAGAAACAAAUUUACUUUAAAUAGGGACAUGCUAUGUAUAGUGUAAAAUGUAUUAAAAUUUCUAAAGUACAUAUUAAAACCAGAAUGACAAGAUUAACUCCAGUGAGUUCCAUUUAAAUUUUGUAUUAUCAUUUUGCAUAUGUCAUUCAUCUUGUUUGUUUUUUGCAGAUACGAACCAACUGUUUCAAAGCUGAUCACAUUAUUUGUUAUUACAGUGUAGAGUCAUACAUUAUUUUUCCUUACAUUGUUAAAUAUUCACCAUGUUAGACAAUUGCUCCAAUAAAAGCUGUAGAUCUCAACAAUUUGUAUGCAUGAAUUUUAUUUUUUGAGAACAUCAAUAAAAUUUGAUUUUAACCUGA